AUUGUUUUCUAACGUUCAGUACCGUACUAGGAUCACCGGCAGGUGCACGCCAACGUUUACACGGUGCAUGACCGUUCUUCGACUAUUUUCCACCGGCUCUUCCAGCAUAAUUACAAAAUUAUUAUUAAACGUUUAUUUAUCAAGUACUCGCGUGCUAUACCAUGUCGUUCGUUCAAAUUACAUGUUGUGUUUACGUCGUUAUGGCGUUUACCCGAGGCGUCGAAAUGAACCGAGGUACUUUUGCACACCGUUUGACGACCAUCGAGGACCUAGCCACUCGGGACAACGUCAUAAACGUACCGGUUUCCGCGCUGCCCACGGGUUACGUGGUCAACAGGCCCAAUCCAACCAUAGGCGAUAGGGUGGAUGUAAACAAAGAAGUUUCAGAAACUGACAUGUAUUUACUCGGAGCCAUCGAGAAGUUAGUACAUCGGAUGGAUUUAAUGGAUAAACGGUUAAAACGAUCCGAAGAGCUCAUUCAACACGUACUGGAAGGAAAUGCGGCGAACAGAGAAGAUCCUUGCCCGGGCAACUUCACGCGCAUUUCUCACACGUGCUAUCACUUUAGUGAGCGACAGUACAACUGGAAGUCGGCCAUGUCCAUGUGCAAGAGCUUGGGCGGAAACCUGUUGGAAUUCGACAACAAAGAAGAACAGAUCGACGUGCUGACGUUUUUGAUAAGCGACAAAUACCUACGGGGAUACGACUAUUGGACUGGCGGUUUGAACCCGGGACUUUUGUGGAUCUGGGCGAACAGCGCUCGUCCUGUAGUGCCUAAAGACUCAAAUAGGCCGGAAGACCAAGUAAACGGGUCCGGUAGAUGUUUGCGGUUGGCGUUAAACCCGGCGAGUAAGGUGUACGCGUACAGCGGGGCCGAGUGUAGCAACCGGCACAGGUACAUAUGUAAGCACGAGGAAAACGCCACGGACAAGGCUCUGACCAGAAUACACAAAGCACUGAGAGACGACAGAGAAAGAUAUUUGAGCCGAAUCGUCACCGCCACCACUUAAGCGACCAAUUCCGCCAAGAGACUCCCCCCCCCAUCCGACCGUACCUAUUUUUAGUACUUAAAUAUAAUUGUGUGUAAAAAAUAAAAUAAACCUACUAAACAUUAUAUUUUGUCUGUCGUGGUGUACGUAAAUCGGUUUACCGAUAACAAAUUUAAAUCGAAUAAAUGUUAGGGAAUGUGAGCGCUGGAAGUCAAAUUUGUUGAAUUGUUGAAUCACGAACACAAUGUAAUUUUGGUGCUUUACAUUGUCGCAGAGUCAAUAGCAU